CACAGGUUGUAGAUGUAGUUAUACGAGCCACGUAUGCUCCGCCUGUGUAAGUGUGAAACAAAGUAGUUCAAUUGUUCCGCUAGACCGAAGAACAAAAAAAGAGCCAGAUGGACAGGAGCUCAAAAAUAAAAAACGAAAAGCCAGGGACAGAAGCAGCUCCGCCCCGUUUGCAGUUGUGGUUGUAAGCAGAUCUUGAUUGCGAUCGCAAGCAGUUUUUGCGGUUGUGAGGCGUAUGCGCGCCUGUGCUAACAACUGUGAGCAGUUGUUGUGGCUGGAGUGGUUUUUGCGCCACUUUUCUGCAUACCGCGGCUGUCAUUCUUCGUGCCAAACUAUAGGUAGGUCUCCACAGGCGAGAAGAGUCCCUUGCUUUUCCACCCGAUGCAGGCACUGAGUGCCGAGAUCGUUACGCUUAGGCUUGUUUGCUUCCCGCCAGCUCUUCAAGACUUUGAAAACCUGGGGCGUCGUUCUUCCUUCCAGCGCCGCGCGCGCUUUUUUCAGCCAGCUUUGACGACCCUGCCUCCUAUUUUUGUUGACUGUCGAAUUCAAAAGGUUUGCAAGUUCUGCUGUUGGCCCUCAUCUUCAAGCUUUGCCUCUUCUUUUGCUUUCAACUUUCAUUUUUUCGCUUUAGCCUUUACGUUUAGCUUUUACCCGUAGCUUAGUUUUUAGCUUCUACUUUUGGUUUUACCUUUUAGAUUUCUUUUUUAGUUUUUCCUUUUAGUUUUUACUUUUUUUUUUGGCUUUUGCCAUUGCCUCGAAGUUGCGGAGUAAUUGUUUGGCCAUCACGACUUUAGUGUUAGCAAGGGAUAGAUUGUUGCAACUCUCUUGAUGGUAAGAGGCCAGCACCGCCGCCGCGCCAUGAAAUGAAAUGAAAUGCACGUAGCCACUUUGGAUCAAGCUUCGGCGGCGCCGUGGUAGCCGCGUGCUCGAGGGUGGUGGUGCGAUUCUGCGUCUGUAAGAAUAUCUUUUGCAGUGGCAAGCGUACGACUUUUCCAUGAAGAUCCUCUUUAGUAGUUGCAUUUCUGGCACUGCCGCGGCGCACCUGGGCGGUCUGCAUUCGUCUAAGGGAGAUCGCGGCGCGACGGGUGCAACUCGUUUAGACCGCCAUGCAGGCUGGACGCGGUCGGGCGCGGAGGUCGAGGCCGCGGCGAAGUUUUUCUUUGUCACACGGUUCAGCAAUUUUUUUUGGAGCACCGAGGAAUUUCCUACGACCCUCGGCUGGAAAGUCCCAAUUCCUGGCAGAACUGGAAAGUUGUGAUCUCGCCGAGCCGCCCGGGGGUUUUAAGGAAAAUCCUCCUUUGGCCCCCCUCUCCGCGGCCGACUGCGUGCGGACGCCCCAACUCCGGCAUCUCUUCCAGGAGAGCCUGAUUUCCCAGCCCCGGACCGUCGUGGACUUCACAUAUUUCGGGGCGGCGAGUCGCGACGCGUUGGAGAUUCGGAUGCAGGAGUUGAAGGACCAGGUCGAUCUUUUUGUGAUCGUCGAGGCCGACGUCGACCACCGAGGGAUGCAGGUCCGGAAUGACAUCUGGCCGGAGGUUUUGUCCAAACAAGCGGCUUUUCGGGAGUUUUCUGAUCGCGUGCUGCAUCUACCGCUGCACUACACGGGGUCCCGUCUGAACGGCACAGACAACGCGACCCAGUUAGACAGCGCGCCGGUCAGUUUUGCGAUCGAGGCUUGGAUGGCGCAAGAGGGCUCCCGCCAAUUGCACACAAAGCUGCAGAAGCGGUUUUUUUCUUCCCCAGUCCGUGAGAACAGCGAGGGCAGCGCCCUCCAAGAUGCUUCUGAAGAGACAAAAUCAGAUUCGGAAAGAGAAACUGUCCAAAAGUUGCAAUUUGUUUCAAACAAUACAAGAACAUUGCUGCCACCGCAGCAGCCAACUGUGGACUCGCGGGCGCUGCUGGUGCUGACUGCGCACACUGACGAGACCCCAAGUCGCGAGGUGGUGCAAUUGGUGCGCAAUUGCAAAUUUCGGGGGGAGAAGCUUGAAGAACAUUUUCCGUUGCACACUGCGUCACUCAUGGUCCAGAAUUUGGUCGACCAAGCCUUUCGUACCGAUUUUCCUGCCAAUCCGGCAUUCCCCUACGAAUAUUCGCAGCCUACUUUUGCGCUUUUUCACCCUGCUAAAAUCGAGGACGCGGGCGGGGCCACAGAAACUCCUACAGCACCAAGCGGGCCGUCUGAGCGCAAAGCCGAGCUUGAUACGUUCGGACGCGUCGCGAAUGUGCCCCCGGAAAAAACCAUUUACGGGGGGGCGCAUAUGACCGGCUACCCUUUUCCCGCGGCUUUUUUUCUGAAAAUGUUGCAGUGCACCGAGUGCAGGGGGGGCGCCCAUGGCGUGAUCUGCACGAGGCGAUUCGCCAGGGCUGCGCCAGUGGAAGUCGUAUUACGAGGGUUGCGGAAGCAAUCAAGACCGAACUGACCGCGAAGCAGGUGGCCUCAGCGGGUUGGGAGACGCGGUUUGCGGAUCCGGCGGAAUUGGUGCAAUCCGACCAGAGUAAAACCUACGAAGAGAUGUUUCACCUGCCGGAGUACUUUACUGCGAACAAGAAGCGGUUCCCCGCGUGGUUCGGAAAACACCAGGACCGUCGUGCGUUCAUUGCGUGCCCACUAGUCUGAGAAUCAGAUCAGGAUUGACACCAAGAGACUUCUAGCGCAACAAAGCGCUAUCAAUUACGAGCCAAAUGCCACGGGUCCCAUCACACCAUUCACGGGUCCGGCAGUGCCCCCACGAUGAUUGACGAGGCGUUGCUGCACCAGAUGUUUUUUUAUGGGGUGAAGCCAACAUGCGUGCGAAUGCGAAACCACAAAGAAGAAUCCGAAACAUGUUUCUUGAGUCAAUUUCAAACCGUAACCCUAACCGAUACCAGCAUGUUCCUUCCUCCUGCACUAAAAUUACAACGUCCAUAAUGGGCGAUGUGAAACAAGACUGGAGCUUGACAGAGCUUCGGGCCGAAUAAACAAAAGUGCUCUUCAAGAGCACUUUUGUUUAUUCGGCUACUCGCAAGACUUGCGAGUAGAAAAAGCGAAAGCGAUUUUCGAGGCUUUCUUUUCAUUAUCCACAAAAUGAACCUCAGGAGGUGCGUGCUUAUUUUUUGGAGGUGCGUGCUUAUUUUCGAAGAAAUUUUGGAGGUGCGUGCUUAUUUUCGAAGAAAAACCAUGGCGUCGCAACCUUCUUGAAACAAAAUGCACUUUAGGCUUUUCCUUUUUCAGUGCCUGCGGAAAGAUACGAACUUAAGGAACUAAAU